CGCCUAACGAGUGAAUGUUCUCGUGCACUAAGGGCCUGUUUAUUUCACUUUGAUCUCGAUCAGCAAUCAGCCAUUGGUUCACUGACAGCACUGAAGCAGUUUAAUGGAUGGAGCAAACCAGCCUCGGGAUCACUGAUGGAUAUCCACAUGAUUUUAAAACAAACAGACCCAUCAUGUGAGAACCUCACCCUGGGGUAUAAUUGGGUAUUGGUUAUGCAUAAAGUUUACAUUUGCAUCGGAAAUGUUUCCAAAACACUGCACUGGAGCAGGGAGGGAGCAUUAUAUUUAAUUAUGAUGAAAAAUUGAAAAAGUGUUUCCAAAUGGAUCAAAAAUUGUACUCUUACGAGUAUUUCUCUUCUGCAGUGCCACUUGUAGAUUUGCUGAUUUAAAAUGGCAAAUGCCCUGCUGUACUACUUUCUGAUUGGUCAAAUUCUGUUGGAUUGCCAUGGAGACUGGUAUCCAGGGGAAUGCCCUCCUUCUUUUGGUCAAUUGCCUGCCUUAUUGGAGGAGAUAGUCGGUUACAUAAAUAACCUCAACACAACUUGGAAGGCUGGAUUGAACUUCCAAGGUAAUAACCAAAGGUCAUUUGUCAAACUUCUUCUCGGGAACAAGCUGACAACCUCCACCCCACCUGACCGGAGGUUACCAAUGAAGCCACCAUCAGAUUUGAACCCAAAGGAGAUUCCCAAGAGUUUUGAUGCCGUGGAGAAAUGGCCGGAAUGUUUGUCCAUGAGGAGGAUAUCUGACCAGGGGGCAUGCGGAGCGGGAUGGGCUUUUGGGGCUUUGGAGGCCAUGUCAGAUCGUUACUGCAUCUUCUCCAAGAUGAAAAAUCUCAAUGUUACUCUGUCGGCAGAGAACCUCAUCUCCUGCUGUGGCCUGCAGUGUGGAUUUGGCUGCGAAGGGGGUUAUCCGUCCGCUGCUUGGCACUACUGGGUCCAGGCUGGUAUUGUGACCGGAGGGGGGUUCGAAUCUUCACAAGGCUGUCAACCUUACACGUUCCAGCCUUGCAGGCAUGUUAGCGAGGGCUCAGCUGAGGAGGAUUCAGCCCCAACUUGUGCCCCAAUGGUGCAGACCCCCGAAUGCCAGACAGAAUGUAGGAAGGGGUACAAUAAGAGCUAUUCAGAAGACUUGCAUUUCGGAAAAUCAGCCUAUGCAGUCAUGAAUAACGUGUUGCAGAUUGAAGAGGAAAUCAUGCACUUUGGCCCUGUGGAAGCAUCAAUGGACAUCUUUGAGGACUUUCUCAGCUACAAGUCAGGUGUAUAUCAGCAUGUUAUAGGAAAGUUUAUCAACAAACAUUCAGUGAAGUUGUAUGGUUGGGGUGUUACAUCAGAUGGAGUAAAGUACUGGCAAGCAGCCAACUCUUGGAAUGAGAACUGGGGUGAGAAAGGGUUUUUCAGAAUUCUCCAAGGGGCUGAUGAAUGUGGGAUUGAAGAGGACGUGUAUGCUGGAGUACCUUUGUUAUGAGAGGAUGUUGCUAAGUUGAGCUCAAGAUUUGCUUAUUUAUGAAAUCUGAUCAAAUUUUGACUUUUUCUGGCCAGUAUUUUAAAUUUUGUUUUUUCAUAAGAAAACUUAUUUUGCAUAAGCAAGGUUUUACCUUUGGUUACUGAGCAACUUUCAUUUUGUGCCCCUUUUUUAUUUUUUCUGUUUAUUCAAAAUGUAAUUUUAAAGCUCUCCUCAAUUGGCAAGAUCCAUUGCUGUUUGAAUUUGUCCAAAUAAAUGAUUACUUUUGAUGCACAUCAACAAAAUGAAUGGAGUUAAUCUAAAUAAUCUUCCUUUUUAUUAAAAUUAGAGCCUGUUGGCUUUUCUGUUUUACCAAAUUACGGUAUGAGCAACAAAAUAAGUUUUCAACUGUUUCUCUUUUCUGAACAUUUUACCAUCAGUACAAGUAUUUCACCAUGAGUACUAGAAAGAUAUUUCACUAUGAUUACGUACCUAACUACUAUAUUUGCUUCAGCAAUGCCAAGAAUAAAACACCACACAGUGGAUAUGAGUAUAAA